CCUGAAGUACGUUCAAUAAUUGAUAGUGAGAAGAAUUGUCAGUUUAACAGCUUGGAGCUCAUUGCUUCAGAGAAUUUUACAUCUCGCGCAGUGAUGGAAGAUGUGGGUUCUUGUCUCACAAACAAGUAUUCAGAAGGGCUUCAUGGUAAAAGGUACUAUGGUGGCAAUGAGUACAUUGAUGAGCUAGAGACACUUUGUCAACAAAGGGCUUUGGCUGCAUUUCACUUAGACCCAAAGAAAUGGGGAGUUAAUGUCCAACCUCUGUCUGGUUCUCCUGCUAACUUUGAAGUUUACACUGCACUUCUCAACCCACAUGACCGUAUUAUGGGUCUGGAUCUUCCUCAUGGAGGUCACUUGUCACAUGGAUUUAUGACUCCUAAAAGACGGGUAUCUGGGACUUCGAUCUAUUUUGAAUCGAUGCCCUACCGUCUUGAUGAAUCAACAGGCCUUAUUGAUUAUGAUAUGCUUGAGAAAACUGCCACCCUCUUUCGACCAAAACUCAUCAUUGGUGGUGCUAGUGCUUAUCCUCGUGAUUUCGAUUAUCCUCGAAUGAGAAAGAUUGCAGAUUCUGUUGGGGCUUUUCUCAUGAUGGAUAUGGCUCACAUAAGUGGUCUCGUUGCUGCAUCUGUACUUGCCGACCCAUUUGAAUACUGUGAUGUUGUAACAACCACCACUCACAAGUCAUUACGAGGUCCCAGAGGUGGCAUGAUUUUCUUCAAGAAAGAUCAUGUUCUUUGUGUUGAUAUGGAAUUUGCGAUUAACAAUGUUGUUUUCCCAGGGUUACAGACUUGGAUGUCUCCACCUGAAAAUAUAGUUAAAAUUAAUGUGGAUGCUGCCGUGUUUGGUGGUAGGUCUGCUGCUGCAGCAAUAGCAAAAAAUCAUGAUGCUCGGGUAGUUGCAGUUGCUACUUAUUCAUCAACAAAGUAG